AUGAAUCGUAACGUGGUCGAAGCCCCUGCAGGCGCAGGUGCCGUAGGGCAAACGCCAUCGACCACCGUGACAUCCAGACCGGCGCCCUACGGCCGUGCAUGCGUCAACUGUGUACGCGCAAAGUGUAAAUGUAUUCUUCGCAAUGAUGGGGAUAAUUGCGAAAGAUGUUUCCGUCUCAAGAAAGAUUGCAUGCCUUCAUCCUCUGUGCGGAAAAGGAGAUCUACACCGAGAAACCCCUCGCAGACUGCUCGUCUGGAACAGAAACUAGAUGGACUUGUAUCUUUGCUCAAGGCGAAUUCGCAGGGUAGUCUAUCUGUAGAGGCUAUUGAUGCGUCUACUUCUGGCGUCUCCGCGAAUGGCUUGACGAGCACAGGUGUCGCUGGCGGCACGACUCCAUCUGGUGCUUCGCCACAAUCUCCAUCCAGAUUCGGGGAUGGCAGUUUUCCUUCAUGUGCGCCUUCAGGUGCCUACGGGCAUGAUACUAGCACGCACCAACGCCAGAAUCUCAGUCAGUACCAAGAUAAUCACAGGACUCAAGGACAAUCAGCAACAAUCCCCAUCACCCCAAAGUCUACCUCCUCCUCAUCCUUUGCAUAUCCUCUACCCCGUGACGUAGAACCCACAGCCAAAGAGGCAGAUGUUUGGUUCCACACCUUUCAAACUCGAUACUUGGAACAUGUCCCGUUUGCUAUUCCAUAUAUCAAGAAUACAUCAUCCACGCAAUUACGGCAGGAUAAACCUGUUCUAUGGCUAAGCGUUAUGGCUAUUGCAUGCCCCUUUACAUCGAAACAAACCAACAUGGGCCGAGCUUUUAAGGAGCUGAUUGCUCGAGAACUUAUCGUUAAUGGGGAGAGAUCGAUUGAUUUGUUAUUGGGUAUACUCACAUUUACUCAUUGGGCAUAUUUUUUCAUUCAUCUUGGCCCUCUACUCACCACCAUGACUCACCUUGCGGCUUCAAUUAUUGUUGAUCUCGAAUUAGACAAACCCUGUCAGAACGAAUUCAGCAAACAUCCUGGCCGACAAGUACUGACAAAGUUUCUUGGGAAGUUCAGUGUUCCGGAAUCAAGAACCAUGGAACAUCGACGUUUGGUUAUGGCUACGUAUUGUUUUAGUGCGAGUUGCGCUUUCUUCCACCACAAAAUCGAAUCCGUCUCAUGGUCAACAUACCAUGAAGAGACGCUAAAACUGCUAGAAGAGAGCAAAGAGACCCACGCCGAUCUAUUUCAGGUUACUCAGGUCAAGUUCAUGCAUAUUCUGAGCAACGUGACCCGGUUAUACGCACGAAUACGUGUGUCGGAAAACGAAGCUACCACACAGCUGAUUGUGCCGUUUAUACAAGCUCUGAAAAGUCAAUUAACUACGUUGCAAAAUCAGAUGCCGGAUUAUGUCGCUGAGAAUAAAUUCGUCCAGCUCACCUGCUUCUACGUCGAAAUCGCGAUCCAUGAAAUAGCCCUUGUGCGCGUUCAAUACGUCCCCCUGGCCGCAGACCGCGAACUCGAAUGCAUGGAAUGCCUCCUAACCUGCACUCGCGCCCUCCGAUCCUGGAAAGAUUUGUUUCUAUCUCUAGGUCCAACAGAGUACAUUGGCCUCCCACUCACAAUCUGGAAACAAUUCGCCCUCGUCCUACACACAGUCAUGCGCCUCGCCACACUGGAAGACCCCGCCUGGAAUAUCGAACAUGUCAAACAAACGGUCAAUUUGCCAGCCAUGUUCGACGUUAUCUGCUCGAAUCUAGAUUAUAUAGCGACGUUAGAGCCCCGGAAAUCCAAUUCGGAGGAUGACGUUCAUAGACGGUCCCGAAAACAUAUGAUUGGAUUGAUGAAUUGGACAAAUGCGGUGUUUGCGGGUAUUCCAGCCCAGCCGCCUCCCGUGGAGAAUACUUAUACACGGAUGAACUCUGCGCGUCAAGAACAGUCGCAGGCGCAGACAGAGAUACAGACAGCGCAGCCUGCUACGACAACGACGUCGUCGUCUGCUUCUUCGAUGCUAAUGAUGAAUGGAGGCACGCAACAACAUUCGUCAACCGAAGAAACAGCAGCAGUACUAGCGCAACAAAUGCAGACUCCGUGGCCGCCUGAGAUGUUUCCAUAUUUUAAUCAUGAGCCCUGGACGGAAGAUGUAUUUGGGUUUUGGGAUAUAUACAGUGGGACAAAGAUGUAUGGAUAG